AUGGCAACAACUCCUUUCAAUGGUCCAAUGUUGCGAGAUUUACGAACACCGGAUGUCGUUGACUUUGUUGUGACGAUAGAAGACGCACUUGUUGUCUUUCGUGAUGCACGCUUAGCCAGAGAUCGAGAGUUGGAUACUGUGUUGCAUUCGUACGCAAUCCUUUGUAUGCUUGUGUCCACAUUGCGUGCAGAUUCUCAAUUUGACGUGUUUGAUGUUACUGUGAGCACUUUUGAUGUUCCAAUGCGACUUCAAUCAUGA